AUGAUGCCAAUUUGCACAUAUUUUCCUUUAGCAUGGCUGACGGUUCGCAACCGAACUACGAUGACCAGGGAGAGAAUGGUGAAGAAAAAGUAAAAGUAAUAUGUUUAGGGGACAGUGCAGUUGGAAAAUCAAAGCUGGUGGAGCGGUUCCUCAUGGAUGGAUACCAACCUCAGCAGUUGUCCACAUAUGCUCUCACAUUAUUUAGGUAUAAAACAAAGGUUAACAAGAAAGAGGUAGCUGUUGAUUUUUGGGAUACGGCAGGCCAGGAGAGAUUUAGUAGUAUGCACCCCUCAUACUAUCAUCAAGCGCAUGCAUGUAUACUAGUAUUUGAUGUAACUAGAAAAAUCACUUAUAAAAAUUUACCAAAUUGGUUUAAAGAAUUGAGAGAUUAUAGACCUGAAAUACCUUGUCUAUGUGCUGCCAAUAAAAUAGAUGUUGACUAUGGUAUAACCAAGAAAAGUUUUAACUUUGCCAAAAAGCACAACAUGCCUUUUUACUUUGUGUCUGCAUCAGACGGUACAAAUGUAGUAAAGUGUUUUAGGGAUGCCAUCAAAGCAGCAGUAGCAUAUAAGCAGAAUUCUACUGACUUCAUGGAUGAAAUAAUGAGGGAGUUAGAGAAUUUUGACCUUGAGACAGACACAAAUGGGAAGAACUCUCAAGAAGACUGGGACAGUGGCAUGGAUAGCACAGAAAACUCUGAGGCCAAAGAUGGAGCAUCUGGAAGUUCAGGGGCACAGAGUGGAAAGAAAAGUUAGGACAAUGUGUAUAUUCCUUAGUCACAGAGGUACAUUUAUAGCAUUGCAUUUAAACCAACUUUGAAUAAUUUAACUUGUAUGAAUUGAAUUUGGAACAUAGACAGCUGUGAGAAGAUGAGCUAAGAAUGGUGUAUUGACUGCUGUGGCAGGCAUAGCAGUGUUUGGCUAUGUAUUGUCCAUUUUUUUAAAAAUAUCUAUUUAGAGCUUAAGAUCUGUAUCUUGUCAUGAAGGACAAGCAAGGCUGUGGCCACUCUAGCUAGUGUUAAGCACAUUUACAUUGGUUUAAGAUGGCUUGAAGUUCCUAGAGGUGUAAUCUUUAGAAUUUGGAGUUCAUUUUCAGAACUUCUCCAUUGUCAUUUUCUUUGAAAUUAUGCUUCUCUAAGAUGCCUAGAAUAUUUGAAAUCUUGUACCAAAAGUUUUGGUUGUGAGUUGUCUUUGGAUGUAAGUUAAUUGGUUUUUUUAUCCCUGAGAAAAUUCCCAUAUUCUAUAGAAACCAGCGAUAAGGGUUUGCGUGCUCUAUGAUAGACAGGGGUUUAAUCUGUAAAAUAAGGCUCAAUUUGCUGAAAUGUAGGAUUAUUCACAUCUGCCUUAAUUAAGUAGGAACUUAUUUUUCAUUGUAGUUAGUAUGCUUAGUACUGGUUGUCACAGUCGUUAUUUCAUAUAUUCAAAGUCAGUAUUAAAAGACCUUGCAGUUUGGGUUGGAGGAGCUGUUCGGUUUGAGAAAAAGCUGGUGCUCUAAGUACUAAAGUCAAGUAGAAAGUUAUUAGUAAAGUUGGGCUUUACACAUAUCUAGAAAUGAAGACAGUUUAGUCAACCGCAAUCUGUAAUGCUUAUAUAGUGAAAAACUGUGAGAAUUUGAAAACAUUUAGCAUUUAAAGAAUAGCAAAACUUGCAAGUGGAUUUGUUUUGUGUAUCAUUUUUGAAAAGUGGCUUAAAGUGGUCUUGUUGUUUUGUUUGACCAAGACAUUUAUGGCAUUUGUGGUUGUCUUUCAUUUCAAAUAAUUACCAAGGCCCGUUUUAAUUCAGAAAUUUGUAAUUGUGUUGAUUGCAAAAUAGAAUUGGGUUAAGGCUUUUUUAGUCAACUAUCCAAAUUUAGUUGGAGAAAAAAAAGAUUCCACUUUUGUGUGAUGCAAUGCCCUGCCUGCUCAGUUUGGCAAAAUCUUACCAGUCGAAACAUUGACUGAAGUGAUUUUUCUUUUUACAAGUAUUUUGAAAAUGUGUUUAAUUAUAAAGGUUAUUGUGUAUAUAUAUAAUAUAUUAGUACAAUGUAGAUAAAUAAUAAUUCUAACUUAUGAAAAUCUUAUUGAAAUACAGAAUAUAUACUUAAAAUUUUAUUGCAAUGAUAAUGCAGGAUUUGCAUUUUAAACUUGCGGUUUAUCAGGUUUUCAACACUGCAUAGGCUAACAUAUAUUUAAGCAUUUGGUCAUCCGUCCCGUAUAUUAUGAAUUUAUUUUAGUCUGUACUUAGCUAUUUUUAGCGAUAUAAUACAAUACAAUUAAUGUUUUACAAGAAUUCAGGUUCUUUUGAAAUAUGUUAUUCAGUAAGUUGUUUUCAUUAUCAUUUGUCUCGUUAAUUUGAGAUAAGAGCAUCUCUUACUUAUCAAUUUCAAGGGACCAAUUAUUGUUGGAAUUUCUGCAUUUCCCAAGUGUGACAUGUACCAAAAUUGGUUAUUUCAGAGAAAUUCCAAGCAAAUAACGUUUCUGUAAUCAUGUCUUUUUAUCAGCAACAGAAUUGUGUUGUCAGUGAAGUCCAAUAAAAUCAUAUGCUUCUAAUA